AUCCCCCGAACAGAGAUGAGUUGGACCAUGGAAAGCAUGGCCCUGACCUGCCUACUGCUGCUGAAGAUGCUAAAGGUGGAGAUGGUCGGUGGGAAAGUCCUGGAGGAGACCUACAUGAGGUGGAUCCACUACAAAGACGAAUGUGUGAAGAUGAUUGGCUAUGAGCCAUUUCCUCAAGGCUUGUUCUGUAACAGGACGUUUGACCGCUACGCCUGCUGGCCUGAUGGUCCUCCUGGGUCGGUGGUCAAUGUGUCCUGUCCCUCCUACCUGCCCUGGUUUGACAAAGGAGAUCCCUAA